CAUCGAUGUUUGCGCGGGAAUUUCUGCAUGUUCUGACAAGUUGAGCUAGAAAAUAAUUUAUUACUUGGCAUUUAUUUUAGAUCUUCAGAUAGUUUGUCGCAAGUGUAGUUGGAAAAAAAGUGUUUUCUUCAGAGUUAGCGAAAUAUACAAAGAUAUGCCUCGGCGAAAGCUAGAAAAAGUUGAGUCACCUGAUGAUGUUGCCCCCUUGGAAAAGAAAGUGAAAACGGAAACAACUAUAGAUGGCACUGUGGUACAAUGGGAAUGGGAAUCGGACACAAAUGAGUGGACAAAGUAUGGGCCUCUUCAUUCAGAGCAGAUCAAUGAUGCAUAUAAUUCCAGUAAAGCUAAAAUAGACAUUGAUGUCGGACCAGUGAAAAUGACUAUAAAUUUCCAGAAAUUUGUUCAGAAGAAUAAAAAGACAGGAUGGGAGAGAAGGAUCAGAUGUUGCUUAGCAUCAACAGCUGAUAGUAGUGAGUUCUAUUGUUGGUCCUGGAAGGAUGAGUUUAAGUCACAGUGUCCAUAUAUGCCAGAUAUCAGCAUGAAGUUUGAGAAGGCCCUACAUGAUGAUGAUGCUGAAGUGGAGUUCGAAGCAGGAAAACCAAAACGUCAAUAUAUCCUGGAUAUUAAGAAAAUGAUACAGAGAAAUGCUGAAACAAACAAGGAGACAACAGUAUCUAGAACAAAAUCAGCUGCUAAACCUCCUACUGGUGAUGCACCAACUGUUGUCAAGUCUGAACCUAAAGCAGCAGCAAAAGCUACAACGAAAAGUGCUCCUAAAGGGAAGUCAACCAAAUCUGCAAAAGGAGAACCAAUGGAUGUUGAAGAGGAAAAAAUAAAAACUAUUGUAAUGAAGGGCAAGGCUCCAGUUGAUCCUGAAUGCACAAAAUCAUCAACUGCUCAUGUCUACUGUGAAGGGAGUGAUGUCUACGAUGCCAUGUUAAAUCAGACAAACCUUAUGAAUAACAACAACAAGUACUACAUCUGUCAGCUCUUGGAAGAUGAUACUAGGAAGGCAUAUAGUGUAUGGUUUAGGUGGGGACGUGUUGGGAAGGUGGGCCAGAACAGUCUCAUGCCAUGUGGCCCUGACCUUGAUGAGGCCAAAAAAUUGUUCACUAGGAAGUUCCAUGAUAAGACAAAGAAUGACUGGUCCCUAAGGAAUAAGUUCAGCAAGGUGGCUGGAAAAUAUGAUCUCGUUAAGAUGGAUUACUCGGCAAAGGGUGACACUGAUGAAGUUGAUUCAGGAAACCCAACUAUCAAGAAGGAGCCUGGGAUUAAGAUACCUCCUUCAAAACUUGAUAAACGAAUUCAGGACAUAGUCAACAUGAUCUGUGAUAUAAAAUCCAUGGAGGAUAGCGUCAUUGAGAUGAAGUACGAUGCCAAGAAAGCUCCAUUGGGUAAACUGGGUAAAGACCAGAUAAAAGCUGGCUACACAGCCUUAAAGAAGAUUGACAAAUUUGUUCGGGAGGAAAACUAUGGAAAGGGAUUAGUGCAAGCCUGUGAUGAAUUUUAUACAAGGAUUCCACAUGAUUUUGGUAUGAAAAGACCACCAGUGCUUCGUACCAAAGAAGAAGUAAAAGCAAAGCUGAACUUGCUAGAAGCUCUAGAUGAUAUAGAAGUGGCACUCAAAAUGCUGAAGAAGAAGGGAGAUAUAAAUGAAAAUCCUGUUGAUACUCACUAUAAAAAUCUGAACUGUACUUUGAAACCUUUAGAGAAAUCUCAUGCAGACUUUAAGAUGGUUGAAGACUAUGUAACCAACACACAUGCCCCAACACAUCAGCAAUAUAAGAUGCUCGUGGAGGAAGUUAUGCAAUGUGAUAAAGAAGGAGAAACUGAAAAUUAUAAAGAUUAUGGAAACAAGAUGCUCCUAUGGCAUGGCUCUAGGCUGACCAAUUAUUGUGGCAUAUUAAGCCAAGGUCUCCGAAUUGCACCACCUGAGGCACCCGUUACAGGGUAUAUGUUUGGCAAGGGUGUAUACUUUGCUGAUAUGUCCAGUAAGAGUGCUAACUACUGUUUUGCCACCAGAGCUAAGAAUGUUGGCUACCUACUUUUGUGUGAGGUUUCCCUUGGACAAGCCAAUGAGCUUCUAGCAGCUGACUAUGGAGCUGAUAAGCUCCCUGCAGGAAAGCACAGUGUACAUGGCCUUGGCCGUAUAGCUCCUGAUCCAAAGAAGACAUUUACCACGAAUGAUGGUGUGAAUGUUCCACUAGGGAAGCCCAAAGACACUGGUGUAACCAACCCCACAGGGUACACACUAAACUACAAUGAAUUCAUUGUAUAUAAUACUAACCAAGUGCGGAUGAAGUAUCUAGUUAAAGUCAAAUUUAACUUUAAAUAAGUCAGCAUGUUGGAAAUAUAGACGAGGGGUAAUCAAUAAACAGUGGGACGGGCCUGGUGUUCAUUUGAAGACCUCAUUCAGGAGCCAAUACAUAAUUUCGACUGGAAUUAUUAAGCAAACAAUCAUUUUAGUCCAUUGUUAACCACACAAAAUUGUGUAAUAGCAAGACAAUCUUUAAACAAGACUGUCUCUAAAUGUUCACCAGUAACUACUUUGUCAUAAUACAUGUUAUCUCAAAAGGGAAAAACAAAAGCCUGCAAUGGGCAGGAUAUGAAUUAUCACCAACCAUGAAGUUGAAUGAACUCAGAACUUAAUUCAAUUCAAAGUGAGAGGAUGAACGAGACCAAAUGCCAAAUCUUUUACAGAUGCCAAUUUGUAUGUUAACUAUUUUUUGUUCUUAUAACUUACAAAGUGAAUCUUACAUAUAUGUGUUUUCAAUAAUUGAAAUGUAAGUUUUGUUAAGAAUGUAAUUGUUGUGUUGUGUGAUACUAUUAUGAAUAUACACGUUUGUGUAUUUACUGCACAAGAAAAUAAACUAG